CGUAUUGCGAACAGAAAGCCGCGUGGCGGCCGGAAAAUAAAAAGACGCAGUCGCGUCCUGAAAAAGAACUUGUCUCUCUCUCAUCUCUCAAACGAGCGGUAGCACUCAGUUUGCUACAGUGGUGGCCCGUGCGGGGAGACGGCAGGAAGAGAGAGAGAGAGAAGGUCAGAGAUGGACCCAAACCGGAGCGAGACGGCGCAGCCUCUCGUAGCGCUGGCGAGGAUGCUGGAGGGGAUGGCCCAGAUGCAGGAGCGGCAGGCGGCCGUACACGCAGAGCAGAUGGAGGCUCUGCGUGCACAAGCCUCCCUCCAGACCCAGGCGCUGCGACAGCUGGCUGCCGCCGGGGAAACCAGCUCCCGGGACCCGCCGUCCCGAUCCCCUCUCCGGAUCCACAUACCAAAAAUGACCGCCGAAGAUGACAUCCAGGCCUUCGUGGAAAGUUUUGAGGUGGCAGCGGAGGCGUGUCAGUGGCCCCACGAGGAGUGGGUUGUACACCUCCUGCCCCUUUUAACCGGGGAAGCCCAGCAGGCGGCGCAUGGACUGCCGCCCGGAGCCCGGGCGGAUUACAAGAUUGUGAAGAGGGCGAUCCUGGACCGACUGGGCUGCAGCACGGAGGAUUACCGGCGCCGGUUCCGGACGGCGAAACUGGUGGCGGAGGACCGUCCCUUCGCAUACGCCCAAAGGCUAACCCACAUGGCCCGGCGUUGGCUGCAACCAGAGACCCGGUCCGCCGGGGGCGUGGUGGAGCAGGUUAUACUGGAACAGUUCCUGGAAGGGUUGCCGGAGGGAACGGCCAAUUGGGUGCGCUGCCAUCGCCCGACCAACCUAGAGGGGGCGGUUACCCUGGCGGAAGACCACCUAGUGCUAUACCCCAGCGCCCAGCAGCAAGCACGGCCGGAACCGGCGCCUAGGAGGAGACCCCCUCCUCGUGCUGGCCCCUUCCCUGUCCCCCGGGCUCUGCCCCCUCCCUUGCCUCAAACUAAUCCCCCCUUUUUUCCGAUUCCCUCUCCAGGUCCAGGCUCAGUGGCGGGGGGCUCCGGCUCGCAGAGGGCGCCUCAGACGCUCGGACCGGGGUGUUGGCGGUGCGGACAGCUGGGUCACCUGCGCCGCGAUUGUCCACUUAUGGAAGUGGGGCAGGUGGUCCGGGUGGUCGGGCCGCCCACUUCCGCUCCCGAUCAGGAGGGAGCGUACUGCAUCCCGGGACAGGUUGUAUCGAGUGUGUCGUGACGCUCAGACCGGUGAAGAAACGACCCAGUUGUUGGUACCCAGAAACCGCCGGGAAAUGGUUUUCCAGGCGGCUCAUUACAACCCCAUGGCGGGGCACUUAGGGUAUGAUAAGUCACUACACCGAAUAAUGGCUCGGUUUUACUGGCCGGGCAUUUGGGCGGACGUACGUCGGUGGUGUGCGUCCUGUCCCGAAUGUCAAUUAGUGAACCCCCCGGCCACCCCAAAAGCGCCGUUGCGCCCACUACCCUUAAUAGAGGUUCCCUUUGACCGAAUUGCUAUGGACCUCAUCGGGCCAUUUGAACGGAGCACCCAGGGAUACCGUUUCGUGUUGGUCUUGGUGGAUUAUGCGACCCGGUAUCCCGAAGCAGUGCCGUUGCGCAAUAUUUCAGCUAAGAGUGUUGCGCAAGCUCUGUUUCAAAUUAUCUCCCGGGUCGGAAUCCCGAAAGAGAUUCUGACUGAUCAGGGCACUUCGUUUAUGUCACGUACACUAAAUGAGCUAUACGGAUUACUGGGCGUCCGCUCUAUUAGAACCAGUGUAUACCAUCCCCAAACAGAUGGGCUUGUGGAGCGGUUUAAUAGAACUCUGAAGUCCAUGAUUCGAAAGUUCAUUCACGACGAUAGCCGAAAUUGGGAUAAGUGGUUAGUCCCUCUAUUAUUUGCAGUGCGGGAGGUUCCCCAGGCCUCCACGGGAUUUUCUCCCUUUGAACUGUUAUUCGGUAGAAAACCUCGGGGAAUAUUGGACCUAGUUAAAGAAAGCUGGGAGGACGGUCCAAGCCCCAGCAAAAAUGAGUUGCAAUACGUUAUGGACCUGCGAGCAAAACUCCAUACACUGGGUCGGUUGUCACGGGAGAAUUUGCUCGAGGCUCAGGAACGUCAGCAGAGGCACUACAAUAGAGGGACGAAACUACGUC